AUGGAAAUCAUGCACAAACUGUAUUCAUGGUGGCUGGGGUCGGGGUUGCUGGUAAUCUCUAUUCACUUAAUUCUGGCCGAGCAGACUGUACGUCCAUCAGAAUCCGAAUUCCAGCAGCUGAUGGAGUCCAACUUGCAGUUCACUAUGGGGAUGUUCCAGGGGAUUUCGUCUAGAAUAAGUCCCCAAGAAAACAUCAUCUUUUCCCCCUUCAGUGUCUACACUGUCUUGUUGAUGGGUCAUCUUGGCGCCAAAGGACAUACAGCUCAAGAGAUUUGCUUGGCCCUCAAAUUCUGCACUUUGAACAUAUCCUACAUCCACGAUACCUUCGGAAACAUAAUUCAUGACCUGUUCCUUGACCCUUCUCAUCAUGGAUUACUUGCCGUGGCUAAUAGAAUAUUUAUCAAAAAUCAUUUAGAAAUUUCUCCCAUGUAUGAAUUUACUUUACGUUAUUACUAUAACGCAACUGUUCAAGAACUGGACUUCAUGAACGAUGCCGGUGAAGCACAAGAUGCCAUCAACGACUGGGUAAAAAAGCAAACAAAUGGACUAAUCCAGGAUAUCUUGACUGAAGCCCCUGAACCUCGGACCAGUGUAGUCUUGGCUAAUGCACUCUACUUUUCGGGCGAGUGGUUGUGGAGGUUUGAUCCUGCCAUGAGUAAUCCCAGCGGAAAGUUUUACCUCACAGACGAGUCACACAUCAUUAUCCCUAUGAUGGUUGGUAAGAUGAACCUGGCUUAUGGUUACAGUGAACAGUUCCAAACAAGUAUGCUAGAGCUACCUUAUAAAAUUCGAAGAGUGAGCAUGUUUCUGGUACUCCCAGACGAGAUAGGAGGUUUACAACACCUCCAGUCCAAGCUGAACGCUACUGUCCUGAAGCACCUUAUCAAAACCAUGAAAAAAACUGAAGUCAACGUUCGACUACCCCGAUUCCGAAUCGAAGACACGCCGAAGAUCACCGAAGUACUUAAAGACAUGGGACUGCAUGAUCUAUUCUCUUCUUCUGAUGCCAAUCUCAGCGGGAUUGCCUCGAAUGAGCCGGAAAACGAGCGCUUGCACGUGACCGACAUAGUGCAUCGUGCAGCGAUUAAAAUAGACGAAAAAGGAAGUGUUGCCGUUGCAGCGACAGCAGCGAUCGUCGAGAGGGUCGGUUCCUUCAACAUGCCUUUCUUUGAAGCAGACCAUCCGUUCUUGUUCCUCAUAAUGGAUAAACAGACUGGCACGGUUCUUUUCAUGGGAAGAAUAUCGGGUCCGUAA